AACCGACCGGGAGCCGCCUCCACUACUCCCUCCCUCCCCGCCUCCGCUUUCUUGCGCCGCAAGAACGCGGCGCACUUUAUCUACCAGCAUCCACCCACCUGCCCCCCGGCCGCACUCUCCUCCCCCCUUCGGUUCGCCGGAAUCCUCCCCGCGGAUACACCGAGCGGCUCGGCCGGUCGGGGUCGGCGUCGACAUGGCUACUCCCUUGGUAGCUGGACUGUCAGUAGCUGCUGUUGCAAUGGGCAGCAGAUAUGCCAUCCAGGCAUGGCAAGUCUUCCGGACCCGUGCAGCAAUGCCACGAAUGCGGCGGUUCUACCCUGGUGGAUUCGAGAGAGAAAUGACAAGAAGAGAGGCAGCACUGAUCCUUGGUGUAAGAGAACGUGCUGCAAUUGAUAAGAUCAAGGAGGCUCACAAGAGGGUAAUGGUAGCCAAUCACCCUGACGCUGGUGGUAGCCAUUACAUCGCUUCGAAGAUAAAUGAGGCAAAGGACAUGCUGACGGGGAAAGGGAAGUCUGGCUCCGUUUUUUAGUCUGUGUAAAAGGAGGAAUUUUUUCAAGUGAUCAUGACGAGGUGUAGUGGUUCAUGUUCAUCGACAUUAACAUGCUGUGCUGAUUGUACAAUAGACCUGAACAAAAAUUCAAGUUAAAGGAUUCAGUAACUCGAUAUCUUGUCAAAGUAUUUGUUCAGAACC